AUGAAACGGGCCAUUUGUGCCCAGGCUGAAGCCCAUCAGCACCUGCGCCAUGAGGACCUUUCGCGCUGGUGUUUCACCCGCUACGGCAUUCGGCCGGACCGUUCGACCAUCGGGAAGAUUCUCAAGGAGGAGCAGCGUUGGAGGAGGUCAAGCGAACGCGGAGAAGGCAUGCGUGUGCGUGGAGGUGCUUAUCCGGACCUGGAAGUCGAGCUGAAGCGCUACGUCGACCAGACAAACAAGUCUGGUGUGCCCCUAAUGCUGGAAACUCUACGGGACCACGCCAAGGUCGCGGCCCGUGAGUUAGGAAUACCCCGGGAGUUCAAGUGUUCGAUCGGCUGGGUUCGACGCGCAUGUGCUCGCCUCGGCAUCCGUUGCUACUCACAGGCUGGUGAAGCCGCAGAGCAGGACAUGACCGGAGUCAAUACAUGCCGCACGCAACUGCCGAAGCUUCUAUUGUACCUUGCCGUUAACCCGCGCGAUGUCGUGAACUUCGACGAGACCGCCUUGUACACCUCAGCCCUGCCAAGGAAGACGUAUGGGCGUGCGCGCGUCGCGGGCCGCAAGAUCCCGAAGGAUCGAAUCACGGUUGCCUACAUGUGCAACGCGGAUGGAAGCACUAUGUGGCGCCCGCUCAUCAUCUCAAAGUCCAAGCGCCCUGUGGAUUUCCGCCCGGACUUUGACCCCGAGCCGUACGUGUACUGGAGGUCCAACAAAAAGGGUUGGAUGACCAGCACGUUGUUCACGAACUACAUCGAGCUGCUAAACGCCGCGAUGUUGGCGGAGGGGAGGGAAAUCGUAGUGCUCCUGGACAACGCGAGCAGCCAUGGGCUCCUCACAGAGACGGCCGAGACAGAGGACCUGUUCGGCUUUCGGACCCGCAAGUUACGCAACGUCCGGCUGGUCUACUUACCCCCCAACACCACAUGCUUCACGCAGCCCCUUGACCAGGGGAUCAUCAAGGCUGCGAAGAUGCGGUACAGGAAACUCUGGCUCGCGGAUCUCACCCGCCAGUGGGCUGCCGACAACAGGAGGCCGGGCCUCGCUCGUUACAAACCCAACAUGCGCGACGUUGUGUUUUGGGUGCACGACUCGUGGAUGACCAUUGGGCGGAAGACAGUGCAGCGCUGCUGGUGGAACACGGGGUGUCUCCCACUUGCAUGGGAGAUGCAGCUCGAGUAUGUGCACGUGCAGCCGUGGGUGGACCCGGAUGAGGACGAUGGCGAUGUCACGCCGGAAGAAGUCCUCGGUGGGGUCGGCGCACUCAUCACCGGCCUCUCGCUUGGCGGCGCCGCUCUCGCAGCCGAGGAGUACGUGGUUGUGGACGACCAGGUCCCGACGUGCGAGCACGGCGGGGAAGACCCGCUCGCACGUGAGCCGCCAUCACCUCCCACCCGGGCUGCAUGGGAAGCACCACCGCCGGUCCGCCCCGCAGCUGUGGAUGACGAGGGAAGCCGAGACACACGCCGCGCGGCGCGCGCGGCGUGUGAGAUGCUCAUUGGUUACGCGCGUUCGAUCAACAUCGCCCCGCGUGACAUGACCGUGCUGUUCGACAUCCGCAAACCGGCUGUCAUCGACCGUCUCGAGAGGGCCAGCCCGGGCCUCAACUUGAACGAGGAGCCGCUCAGCACCGCCUCCUCCACUCCUCCGAGGAGUGGUUUCAGGGCACUCCCGUGGUCCAUCACGGGCCCCAACCGUCUCAGGGAGCUGCUGGAUAGCGGGGUAACGGCCGCCAUGGGGUCCUUUGACGCGCCCGCGGAGUGGAUGCGCGGCAUGUGA